UUUCCUUUCUCAUAGUUGAAAAGAAAACCACAAAAGCAAAUAUGGAAAAACCCCAAGUCAUGAUAUUAUCAUUGCUUGUCUCCAUUUUUAUUGCCCUUGGCCUUACCUCCUCCUCUCUUUGCAUAGCUGCUGAAUUCAAGAAAUCAAAGAAGAAAGAUUUGAGGGUAGAUGGUAAGUAUUGUUACAUCCCUGGAAGUUCAGCAUUUGGAUUGGGAAUUGCAGCAUUAACAUGUUUAUUCAUUGCUCAAUUCAUUGGAAAUUUGUUAAUAAUAUGCAGCAGAAAGUUCUUCUCAAGGGAAAAAAUUGAAAAAAUGAGUUGUAAUAAAGUUGAGAAAAAGAAGCAUAUCCUUGUUGGCCAGCUCUUUUUGACACUUUCCUGGAUGAGCUUUGGUAUUGCUUUAAUUUUGCUAGGGACAGCUACAAACAUGAGCAAAACUCAACAUUUUGGUGAAGGAUGGUUAAAUGGAGAAUGUUACUUAGUCAAAGAUGGAGUUUACAUUGGUUCAUCAAUUUUGGUUUUGGUCACUUUGAGUUCAAUUCUUGGUUCACUAAUUUUGAAAUUAAGGAAGAGAAAUCAAGUUGAACAAGAUACAAAUGUGCCUCGACAACUAAUACAAACAUCAAUAGAAAUAUAGAAUGUUGGGAUUGAGUUUAUAGCUAGUCGUUCGCGAAUCGUUUUGUAUUUGUCCUUAA